ACAGAAAUAUGCAUUUAUUUAUCUCGUCUGAAGACCAAUAAAACCUCAAGAUCUACUUCACAUACUAUUAGAAACAGAGAGCGGUGUAACAUCUUCAGGAAACAACCCCGAAAAGAUGGAGGUGAUAAAAGAGGAGAGUGAAGACACCAGUGAUCUGAAAACAAGAGAAAUAAAGGAUGAGCAUUUACACAUCACGUGGUUUAUAAUUAAUAUUUUAUUUUCUGCACAGCAUCAGCCUCAGGAGCGGUUUAUAGAAGAAAAUCCCUUAAACCAAAUCAAAUAUAACAAAACAGAUUACUUUUAUAACGUGUUAUUGUGUAUUAUUUUGUAUUUUAAUGGUUUUGUACACAAAUCUGACACGAGACAUUAAUCAGACUGCAAUAGUAUAAAUGUAUAAAUGCUGUGAAAUCUAAAAUUAAUUAAAUAAGUGACGAAUAACGAUGAAAUUAAGUAUUUUGGCCAAUGUUUCGAUAGAAACCGAGAUAGCGGCGCGUCUACGUCACGUGAUCUGGACGCUGGGUCACGUGAUGCAGUCACGCCGCGGAGCCGGAAGGGGAGGAGCUUCCUCCAAAACAACAUCAAUCUCGCGAAAGGCCAUCAGUUUUGGAAAAGCGAGCGAGGUUUUCUUCGCAGAUCUUUAAUUUGCUUAUUUAUGCAACACGCGCGUUAUAGAAGUGCAUCUCUGCGGAGUAAGUUAUGAAGAAAGCCGAGGCAGCGCUAGCAACUCCUCCGUACACCAGCAAAUGCUGAAUAUUUCUACCAUCUGCUCGAAUAGAAAACUGUGCAGGUGAAGUUUAUUAAAGAGGAGGCUGAAGACAUGAGCGACUCAGAACUAUCCCAAAUAAAACACGUAGACGAAAGCGAGAAACAAAGAGACGCAUCGCAAAAACCGGUGAAACGUGAAGAACUGAAGGAAGCGAAGUGGAAGCGUGAAUCAGAUCAUCAGUAUCAGAAACUUCAGCAGACUCCUCUGAGUCCGUCCCAGAGCGCCGGUCAGGAGCGGAGCAAAGCCGGCCCGGCCCGGCCGUUCACGUGCCUCCAGUGCGGGAAGACCUUCAGACGGGCCACGGAUGUCAAAGGUCACCUGCGCUAUCACUCGGGCGAGAGGCCGUUCGCCUGCGAGCAGUGCGGGAAGAGGUUCAUCCUGGCCUCGCACCUGAAGACGCACCUGUCCAUCCACUCCAACGAGAAGCCCUUCCUGUGCUCCGUCUGCGGCAAGAGCUUCUCUCGCCUCUGCACCUUCAGAGAUCACGAGAACAUCCACACGGGCGUGAGAGCGCACGUCUGCCCCGAGUGCGGCGGCGCCUUCGUCACGGCCAACGCUCUGAAGAUGCACCGGCGCGUUCACAGCGGAGAGAAGCCCUACGAGUGCGCUCGCUGCGGCCGGAGCUUCAGCCACUCGGGAGCGCUGAAGAGACACGAGCGCGUCCACACCGGAGAGAGACCCUACCCCUGCCCUCUCUGUGGGCGGAGCUUCACUCAGUCCAGCAACCUGCUGACCCACGUCAAGAGACACUGCCCCAAGUCACGCUGAGCGGAGCACACACGCUUUACGUGUUUACGGUUCACUUCUUUUGCACGAACAGGCUCUUCCGAGCUUGGUAAUGCUGGCCGUUAUUUUAAAGCUCCGUAAAUCGUACACUCUCAAAAAUAAAGGCUUUCACCGCCGUGUCAAUGCUACGACGUGACGCUUCAAGGCACUCCCGCGGCGUCCUGAGACUUCAGCAGCAGCUGCAGCAGGACGUUGGGUUUGAUGCAGCCCUCGAGCGCCCGGCACAACUUACCCACG